AUGGGAAAUACCAAUUCUUCAUCACUAGUCCAAAGAGUAUUAUACAAUCCAUCUGACUACACCCAACAAGGCUCUCUAAACGACAUAAGGUACGGAAACAUCAAAUAAUUAAAAAAAAAAGAUACAGAAUAAUUAUGUGCUGAGAUAACCAAGACAUUAAAUGACGAAAAACAAUGGUAAACCCGCGUUAGUGAGCUUAAAUUUAGAUUAUAACUGGACCACCCUAAUUUAGUGAAAUUAUUGAACUUUAAUUCUUCAAUGAAUAAUGAAUUCUGUUCAUCUUUUUAUAAAAUAGGUCUUUUAUAUGAAUACUACACUAAUGAUUUAAAGACUGAGAUUUCUGAAAGAAAGAGAGUAUCUAAAAGUUAUUCUGAAAGUGAACUUUUAUACUUACUUUAAUCUCUUGCAAGUGCUGUUUUCUACUUGAAAUCGAGAAGUGUUGUCCAUGGAGAUAUUCGUCCUUAUAAUGUUCUUGUAAAUAAUGAAAAUGGUCAAGUUAAAUUAGGAGAAAUGUACAUUUAAUAACAAAGUAUGUCUAACUAUGCUUAGUUAUUAAGCGGAAUCACCGAAGAUUGUUACAUAUCACCCCAAUUAUUAGAAAACCUCAAAAAACACGCCUAAAGUCCCGCUUUUGAUACUAAUAAAAGCGAAAUCUUCUCCUUAGGAGCAACUGUUUUAGAAGCCGCAACUUUAGAAUCUGUAAGUCUAACUUGUUAUGAUAGAGAAUACUAUAAUAUAGACUGGAAUUAAGUCAAUACUUUAUUAUCAAGAGUCAGAUAUUAAUAUUCUUCCAAUUUCUAUUAGUUACUUUAAAAAACACUCAUAGAAUCUGAACCCUAACGUAUUUCUGUUGAAGAACUUUUAGAAUAACUAGAAAAUCCUUGGGCAAAAAAUAGUAAAGCAUCAGGUUUGAAUACUAUAGAAAUUAGAAAUCUCAUAGCAUCUUAAAAUAAUAGUACUAUAAUUUAAAAUAAUGUGGCCGAACCUAUCAAAUAUGAUAGAGUAAUUUAAGAAUCUAUGCCUUCAGUAAGAUAUGAGAACGCUAAAUAUGAGAAUUUUGCUGUUUAACCUACUUAUAAAUACGAUCCUAUUAUUACAACAAAUACUUAUGCAGUCGAUCCUAUUGUUACUACAAAUACUUAUGUAUUAGAAUCUAAUACCAAUUAUAAUAAUAAUGAUCUUGAUUCUAGAAUUGAGGCUAUUCUUAAAAUGAGUAGAGAUACAGUAUAGAAAUAUGGAUCAUCUAAUGUUUAUACUACUACUACUACUACCACUACAAAUAAUAAUAACUAUUAAGUCCCUGAAACUAAUAUAUAAGAGCAAGUCGAAUAAAUAAAAUAAUCCGGAAAAAAAAAUGUUACUUAUGAAGUUAAUAAUUAUACUCCUAUAACUUAAACAUAUAAUUCUAGUUAUUAACCUACAGGUGCUUAUGCAGUGGAAGACUUAAAAAGAUGUGGAUAAGUAUAAUCACAACAUAUAUCAACAAAUUCUUAUGUAAUGGAAGACGCUAAAAAAUAUGGAUAAGUAUAACCAUAAAAUAUAUCUACAAAUUCUUAUGUAAUGGAAGACUCUAAAAGAUAUGGAUAAGUAUAACCAUAAAAUAUAUCUACAAAUUCUUAUGUAAUGGAAGACUCUAAAAGAUAUGGAUAAGUAUAACCAUAAAAUAUAUCUACAAAUUCUUAUGUAAUGGAAGACUCUAAAAGAUAUGGAUAAGUAUAACCAUAAAAUAUAUCUACAAAUUCUUAUGUAAUGGAAGACUCUAAAAGAUAUGGAUAAGUAUAACCAUAAAAUAUAUCUACAAAUUCUUAUGUAAUGGAAGACGCUAAAAGAUAUGGAUAAGUAUAAUCUAUUGCUUAAGAAAAUAAAUUCACAGACACUUAGGUAAUGGAGGAAUCUAAAAGAAGUGGAUAAAUAUAGCAAGUUGAAUAAAGAAUUAAUUAUACAACUAAUACUUAUCAUAAUGAUUAUGUACCUUAAAGUAAUUAUACUGUUUAAAAUAAUUACGGAGGAGUAAGUAGAGAUGAAAAUAUUAAAAGAAGUGAAAAAAAUUAUGAUAGUUAACUUGAAAAUAGUUAUUCAGAAAAUACUUAUGGUUUUAAUAAUAAUGUUCCAGUUAAUGAGACUUAUGAAGUUAACAAUAAAGAAGGAUAUUCAAAUAAUAAUGGACAAACUAUGAAUGAAGCAGAAAGAGAUUCUUAUAUUUAAAAAAUGCUUGCUGAAGCUAGAAAAGGAUCAAAUGGGGAAAAUUACACAACUACUUAUAAUAGUAGAGUAGUUGAAACAGGAAAUUAAAUGCGAUUUUGA